AUGGCUUGCUGGAAGUGAAAUGAAAAAGAUAAAUAGAAUAAAGGAAGUUCAUUCGCGGGGAAAAUUAGAACAAACUAAAACGUUUCUAAGAUCCUGGAAUUAAAAUAUUAAGCGUAUCUGUCUGGAGUUGCUAUGUAGGCCUAUACACCAGAAAGAAAACAGCACCAUGUGUGCGUGCGUUUGGGUUAAAGUGUCAUAUGAUGUACCGUCAAGGAUUUUAUCAUAAAAACUGGGCUGUAUCAUUUACUAAAGCCACAUGUAAAGUUUAAAGAGCAUGUGAGAUGAGCUUCGAUUGUAAAUUACUAUCUGUGUGACGGGCAAAGAUGGCAGAAACUGAUAAGCGCAUGAUAUGAUACUGAGAGGAGUUCAAGCGAUUUAGUUUAGAAAAUUACAUGAAUGAGUAGAAAAAGAAGAGUUCCUCUUUUAAUAGGCUAUCUGAAACUAAGUCUUUUAAUGUUUUAGCAGGUUUCUCGUAGUAUUUAACAAAAAAGUGAUGAUAUAUUGACCAAUGCCUGUCACUAAUGUUGGUGAAUUGGUUUUGAAGUUCUGAAGGGAGAAACUUCCCCGCCCCUCAGCUAAUUCUCUCUCUCUCUCUCUCUCUCACCUAGUCCCACAGCCACAGCAGAUUGAGCUCACAGUACGUUAAAUCUGGAUACCUAAACCUUUUAAACAAGCUGAUUUUUGAAUCACUAGCGUCAACCAUCUAAGUGCAUUUUUUGAUCUGUGAAGGGACGUAUGUACCUCGUUCAAGCUAAGUGAGCGAGAAAUGAAUUCAUUCUUAAGGAAAAGCGUCUCAGGGAAUGUGUCCCUUCCGUACACCACACUGAUACCGAUGUCUGAGAAUGAAGUGAAUUUCAGCUGUCUCUUCAAUGAGGAGUUCAAGUAUAUUCUGCUCCCUGUAUCAUACUCCCUAGUGUGUUUCCUGGGACUGAUACUUAACUCUGUGGCUCUGUGGAUGUUCAUCACUAAGAUGAGGCCCUGGAAACCCAGUACAAUUUAUAUGUUCCAUCUGGCCCUGUCGGACACGCUCUAUGUGCUCUCCUUGCCUAUGCUCAUAUACUACUACGCAAACCGCAGCCACUGGCCUUUUGGGGUUUUUCUCUGUAAGACUGUGCGGUUUCUUUUCUAUGCUAAUUUGUACUGCAGCAUCCUGUUUCUCACUUGCAUCAGUGUGCACCGCUACCUUGGUAUCUGUCACCCCAUUCGAACUAUGACUUUGAUCAAGCCACGCCAUGCCCACAUGGUGUGUGGUUUUGUCUGGACUGCUGUGAUAGCCUGCCUGGUGCCCACACUGAUUUUUGUCAGCACUUCUCAAAGAGGAAAUGACACUUUGUGUCAUGACACCAGCCGCCCGGAUGAAUUUCACAACUAUGUUACCUACAACUCAGUGGUGAUGGUCCUGCUGUUUAUCCUGCCAUUUCUGGUCCUCAUGGUCUGCUAUUGUUUAAUGGCACGGGCCCUUUGCCAACCCCGAAAGGGCCUGUCCCAAAGUCAACCGAGUUCAUCCCGGAAGAAGUCCAUUAAACUUAUCAUAGUGGUCUUGGUUGUGUUUGCGAUUUGCUUUGUACCCUUCCACAUCACCCGUUCGCUCUACUACGCCUAUCGUAUUCUAGACGCAGAUUGCAGGUUGCUUAAUAUUGUCAACUUUGCUUAUAAAAUCACUCGCCCACUUGCUAGCAUGAACAGCUGUUUGGACCCCAUCCUCUACUUCCUGGCAGGGGAUCAGUACCGCUCUAAACUCCUCCGAGUGUUCACUAGAAAGACUCCAAACACUCGUUCAACUGCUUAUGUGCAUGAUAACAACAUCGGGCUGGCCGUUAAGAAUCCAGAUGCCAAAGCUGGCACUGAGUCGAGACUCUAGAUACACAUACCCAGACAUUUUGGGUAAUCUUUUAAAAAGCAGUUCUGGAAGACUGCUGCAAAUUUUGUAAAGAAAUCCCAAGCAUUCUCUGUCAACAGACAUCAUUCUGCAGAUACGCAUCCAGAAGAAUUCAGGACAGUCUUGUAAACACUACAGUGUAGAUAAAAGUAAAGGAUUCUUUUUGCUUCCUUUGUGCACUCCUAAUGUUUUUUUUCUUGUUUUUUUUCUUCAUUCAGUGUGGUGA